UACCACUUCCCGCUGUCCUGCUUCCUCGCAUCCGCUACCAUUUACAGCCCGAGCUCGCGAAGCCUAUCCAAGUCCGCUUCUCUAUUAGUCCCCUGAGGUUUUUAGUGAACGAAAACCGGUUUUCUCUGUUUUUUUUUUCUCUACGCCGAGGACAAGGACAUACAACGUGUGCUAGUCUAUAGCCAUGACCGACAUUAUGUUCGCGUGUGUGCAUAAUGCAGGACGUUCGCAGAUGGCUGCAGCGUUCUUCAACAAGCACAAGACCCAAGAAUCCAUCAAAGGACUGUCCGCAGGAACCAACCCAGCGUCUGAGGUCCAUGGAGUUGUUCGAGAGAUCAUGUUGGAGGUCGGCAUUGACCUUUCCAACGUCCAACCCGUCAAGUUGACACCGGAGCUCGCCAGAACCGUCAGCACGAUUGUCACGAUGGGCUGUGGCGAGACUUGUCCCUAUGUGCCUGGUGUCAACAUUAUUGACUGGAUAAUCGUCGACCCGAAAAACAAAUCCGUCAAAGAGGCCCGAGAGAUUAGAGACGAGAUCGAGAAUCGAAUCAAGAUGUUUAUUGCAGAGAACAACUAUUAAGGUUGUCCUGGUUGAUAAAUAAAAAAAA